AAGAAAUGGUAAAAUAAGAAGAAAUUCAACAAAAACCAACUUUGUUUUCAUCUUCAUCCCACUCAUCUUCCCUGACGACAACUUCGAGGUUCCAACUCACUCCUCCAAGCUUUGCUCACUCCGCCCAUCCCAUCCCCUCUUUCUGUCCGUCUAUACAUACACCACAGCUCCUUCAUUUCUAUACUUACAACCCCUCAAUCCUCUCCUUCAACACAACCCCAUCAUGGCCCAAUCACUCAACCUCUUCAUUUCUUCCUCUAAUCCCACACUUCAAGAAAACCCCAUUUCUAAAAACCCAAUCUUUACCUUCAAUCCUCGCCUAUCUUUCCCAAAACCCCAUCUUGCAAGACCCAUCAAGGCCCUCUCUUCAGAUCACACUCCAGCCACUCUUGCCAAUGGGGUCAUCUCAGUUGAUUCUACCUCAAUUGAAGUUGACUCUGUGACUGAGACUGAGCUUAAGGAAAAUGGGUUUCGGAGUACUCGAAGGACUAAGCUGGUGUGUACUAUUGGGCCAGCUACUUGUGGGUUUGAGCAGCUGGAGGCAUUGGCUGUGGGAGGGAUGAAUGUGGCUAGGAUCAAUAUGUGUCAUGGGACUAGAGAUUGGCAUAAGAGGGUUAUUGAGAGAGUCAGGAAGUUGAAUGAGGAUAAAGGGUAUGCGGUUGCGAUUAUGAUGGAUACGGAAGGGAGUGAGAUUCAUAUGGGUGAUCUUGGUGGUGCUCCGUCUGCCAAAGCUGAGGAUGGUGAGCUUUGGACUUUUACUGUUCGAGCUUUUGAUGCACCUCGCCCAGAGCGCACCAUUACUGUGAACUACGAUGGUUUUGCUGAAGAUGUGAAAGUUGGAGACGAACUCCUAGUAGAUGGUGGAAUGGUGAGGUUUGAGGUUGUUGAGAAGAUUGGUCCGGAUGUCAAGUGCCAAUGUACUGACCCUGGGCUUCUUCUACCUAGAGCUAACCUGACCUUUUGGAGAGAUGGAAGCUUAGUAAGAGAGCGCAACGCCAUGCUUCCUACUGUGUCCUCCAAGGAUUGGUUGGACAUUGAUUUUGGGAUCGCGGAGGGUGUCGAUUUUAUUGCAGUAUCAUUUGUGAAGUCGGCUGAAGUGAUCAACCAUCUAAAGAGUUAUAUAAAAGCACGAGCACGUGAUAGUGAUAUCUCCGUGAUUGCAAAGAUAGAGAGUAUCGACUCCCUGAAGAACUUAGAGGAGAUAAUCCUAGCAUCAGAUGGAGCAAUGGUAGCAAGGGGAGAUUUGGGUGCUCAGAUCCCAUUGGAACAGGUUCCGUCGGCUCAGCAAGAGAUUGUUCAAGUGUGCAGGCAGUUAAACAAGCCUGUUAUCGUUGCUUCUCAGUUACUUGAAUCCAUGAUUGAAUACCCUACUCCGACGAGAGCUGAAGUGGCUGAUGUUUCAGAAGCCGUCAGGCAAAGAGCUGAUGCUUUAAUGCUCUCUGGUGAGUCAGCCAUGGGACAGUUUCCUGACAAGGCACUGACUGUUCUGAGAAGUGUAAGUUUGAGAAUUGAGAGGUGGUGGAGGGAAGAGAAAAGGCAUGAAGCUAUGGAACUCCCAGACAUAGCAUCUUCAUACUCAGACAGUAUUUCAGAAGAGAUCUGCAACUCUGCGGCCAAGAUGGCUAACAACUUAGAAGUGGAUGCACUCUUUGUUUACACAAAAAAUGGACACAUGGCAUCUCUCUUGUCACGUUGCCGCCCUGAUUGCCCAAUCUUUGCAUUUACAAACACAACUUCUGUACGAAGACGACUGAACUUGCAGUGGGGUCUAAUACCCUUCCGCCUAAGCUUCACCGACGAUAUGGAAACCAACCUCAACAAGACUUUUGCUUUGCUCAAGGCCAGGGGAAUGAUUAAAUCAGGUGACCUCGUCAUUGCAGUCUCUGAUAUGUUGCAAUCCAUUCAAGUCAUGAAUGUUCCAUGAGAACAUAGGCUCGGAACCUCGCUGGCUCACCUGGGAGGAUUACCUAUGUGAUAUUUGUGCUGUUAUUGAGAAUGUAGUGUUCAUUGGUAUUCUUGGAUUCUUAAGUUCCGCAAAGAGGUGAGAAAUUGAUCUUUAGCACAGUCUCGUCCUUGUCUGAUUCAGAAGGUGUUUCCUUUGCUUUAAUGCACUGCAACUCAACAGAAACUUGUAUGUUUUAUUAAUACCAACUUGCGGCCUUUGUUCAUGGUGGUUGUCACCAUCUUAUAGGAAUCUAUGCUUGUAGUCAUUUAGUUUUGUUCUUGCUCUCUCUUUUGGCAUUGUAAACUGAAUUAGGUAUUUCCAUUUUAUGACAUAGUAGUGUGAGAAACAUUAACAGUAAUAAUAAGUUAAUAACGGAAGCACUCUUAUUCCGCUAUUGUAA